AUGUCAAACACACGAAAACGAAAUAUAUUAUCAGUUAUCAGUACAAAAUACUCAAAAUAGUAGAAUUUCUGCGAGAACUUAACAUUUUAACAAGUUUACAAUGAGUCAAAGGCGCAACAGGCAAUCUAAUGCAGAAGUUGAUGUAUCAGCACUUGAAGAUGCGAUCAAGGAAUGUGUUCGGUACAUUAUUUGUCGAGAAGGCAGUAAAAUACCGAUCAAAAGAAGUGAAGUUUCUAAACAUCUUAAUGCAACAUGUCAAACUUCUCCCAAUCAAGUAAACAGUGUUUUAAUUGAGGCUAACAAGAUAUUGAAACGGGUUUAUGGCUACAAAUUAGUUCAAGUGGAUGCCCAAAGUGGUGUGCCAUACAUAGUAGUGCUAACAGAAGAAUGUGAAUCCCUGCCGUCGCCUGUCACAGAUGUCCAACACAGAACUGUACUGAUUGCUGCACUCAUGCACAUCUUUAUGACGGGAGCUCCAAUCAAAGAAGAUGAAAUGUGGAAAUUCCUAACUGAAGCGGGCCUAAUGGAGAAUGAGAAUGACCAAACAGUUAGGAAACUACUGACCCAUACAUUUACUCGGCAAAUGUACUUACAGUAUACGAAGGAAGGCGAGGAUGACCUUGCUCGGAAUGUCUUCCAAUGGGGCGCGCGUGCUGUUGAAGAAGUACCGAAACCAUUUCUUCUAGGCAAAAUGGCGGAGGCGUUUCAAAAAGAACCCGAAUAUUGGGGUGAGCAGUACAAAAACGCACAUCAAGAUACAGAAGUCUGAAUAUUGUGUAAAAGUGAAAUAAUUGCAACUAAGUAUUAAUGUUACUUACAAAAUGUGAUAAAAUAUAACUUAAGUCUUUGUUUGAACGAAAUACUUUCAUAAUGGUUAGGUCAUUUUAAAGAGAGCUAGCUUAUCUGUGCCCUUAGUAUAACGGAGUUCUGAUUGGCCGGCGCAAAUGAACCAACCAAUCUCGUUUCGUUUUCGUUGAACGUAAAGCAAACUCAUACUAAGGGAACUGGUCAGGAAACAAGUACAUAAAGCAUAUUUUCUUAGACUUCUUUUAAUGUAAGUGUAAUGUGCGAUGAGAUUAGGCUGUUCCUAAUGAUUUAUUAAAAAGAUACGAUAGUUCGCAAUUCUUUCUAGAGCUUGCCCCUUUUUUAGUAGAAUUUCUAUUCAUCUAUGAAAGAAUUUGAUUCAAUCAAUAGAGCAAGAUUUUAUUUUUGAUUUGGUAACUGGCCUAAUUUCAUUUUGUAUGUGUUAAAAAUGACAUUAUUAAUGAAUAAAUAAGUUG